UUUUGAAUUGAAUUGAAUUGAAUUCUCACAUAUAUAUAUAUAUACAUCAUGUCUACUACACAACAACAACGAAAAACAUAUAAAAAUCACCUGAAAAGGUUUAAUAAUGGUAAUGGAUCAGGCAUUGCUUCAUCUGAAUUAACCAGUUUAUCAGAAAUGUUUCCUGAUUGGGAAAGUGACGAAUUACAUGGAUUAUUAGUAGAAAAUGAUAAUCAAUUAGAAGUAGUCAUUGAUUUAAUCGUUAAUGGUAAAGUUAGUAAAUGGGAACCAAUUAAAAAGGAAAAGCAACAUAAGAAAAAGGAUCAACAACAAGAUGAAUCAAUACAACAAUCAACUUCUGUAUCUUCAGCAAAUUCUACUCAUACCAAUAAUAAUUCUCAUCCUACCAAUUCUAAUAGAGCUGUGAAUAAUAGAAGUUCCGGUAAAUAUUCUAAAGAUUCAAAGCCUGCAAAGAAACCAGUUAAGAAAUCAGCUCCUCCUGCUGCUGCUGCAGUUACUGCUGCAGUAUCUACUACUAAUCAAGCUGCUCCAACUACAUCUACCACUAAUGAUUCUACUCCAGCAACUUCGCAUUCAUGGGCUGCUGCUUUAUCUAAUGACAAACCAAAACCAAAGGCUAAAGCUGUAGAAAAGAAGAAGGAAGAAGAACAACCAGUUGUACAAGUUGAAGAAUCUGAAAUAGUAAAUGAAGAAGUUGUAACAUCAUCAACUGUUCCAGUAACUGAACCUAAACCAGUCUUAAAGGAAGCUACUGUUCCAGAACCAAAACAAGGAUCUUGGGCUUCCGCUAUUGCUCCAAAACCAAAACCAAAGCCAAAGCCUGUUGUUGCUCCAGUUUCAACAACCUCAUCUGCCCCUGCUCCUACUGAAUCUGUUCCAGAAGUUCAACAACCAGUCGUUACUGAAGAACAACAACCAGUUGUUGAAGAAUCAGCUCCUGUUGAAAUCCCAGUUGCCGUAGAAUCUGCUCCUAUCGUUCAACAACAACAACCAGUUGCCAUUGAAAAUAUCUCUGUUGUCCCACAAGAAACUAUUGCUCCUGCUCAAGUUGUUUUACCAGCUUCUACUCAACAAGUUAAUGCCGUUAAUGUUUCUUUUGGUUCUUUAGCUAUUGGUGAUGAAACCGAACAAGUUGCUGAAGAAGCUAAACAAGAAGAAGAAGCUCCAGUUCAACAACAAUCUGGACAAAAUCAACAACAACAAAGAUUUGGCUUAUACAACAAUAACAAUAAUAACAAUCGUUACAAUCAAAAUACUUACCAACAACAAUCUCAACAAUACAAUCAAACCAAACAACAACAGCAACAACAUUAUGAUUAUUAUGCUCAAUUCCAACAACAACAAUAUCCUCAACAAGCUGCUGGUCAACCAGGUGCUCAAUUUGGUGGUUACCCAGGUCUUGAUUAUACUUAUAACAAUCAAGUUGGAGCUGCUUCUACUGUUGGUGCUGGUUUAGGUAAUUUACAAUCUCCAGCCACUUCUCAUGCUAAUACUCAACAAGCUUAUCCAUAUCAACAAACUGGUGCUCAACCAACUACUGCUUCUAGUGAUUCACAAUCUCCAGUUGUUAACCCAGCUGCUGCCGCUGCUGCUGCUCAACAACAACAAUUACCAUUUGCUUAUCCAAACUAUUAUAACUAUUAUUAUCCACCAUACUAUAAUCAAACUGGUGCUGCUGGUUUAGGUCAAACUGCUUAUAAUCAACCUGUUCAACCACAACAAGAAGCUCAACCAUCAACUACUGGUAAUGCUAGUACUAAUGCUACUGCCACUACUGCUGGUCAAAAUGGAUUUGGAAGUCAACAACAACCUCAUCAAGCUGCUAUUCAAGCUUUUUACUAUAAUCAAGCUAAUCAAUACAGUAGUAGAUAUCCAUCUUCCAACUAUGGUUAUCCACCACAACAACAAGGUCAACAACAACAAAAUGGAGGUGCCACUGGUAGUAAUGAAACUAAUGAACAACAACAGCAAGGACAACAAGCUCAAGCUCAACAAGCUCAAGGACAACAACAACAACAAGCACAAGCCCAAGUCCAAGGUCAAGGUCAAGGUCAAGGUCAACCAGUUCCUCAACAACAACCAAUAAUUCCUCAAUUUGGUGCUUAUCAACAAUAUUCUCAAUAUGGAUAUCAAGAUAACUCCUAUAAUCGUGGUUGGUAUUAAGGAAUGAGGGUCAAUUAUAAACAAUCUUUUAUGGUUAUGGUCAUUAGUUUUGAUCAAUUAUGUUAUUGAUGUUAUCUUAACUUUACAACUGUUAUUAUUAUUACUUUUAUUACCGUUACAGGUGAGGAAUCAUUCCUCUAUUUUCUUUAUGUGUAAAAAUUCUAUUUUUCUAUCAAAAAAUAUAAUAUAUGUAUAUAUUAAAAGUAGAUUAAACUGUAGUGAUUAUAUACAAAAGAGG